AUGGGUCGCAAUAAAGAUCUUACUAACGGAGAAUGCCGCACUGUCGAAAUGCUCAAGAAACAAAGCAUGUCCGUUGCAAAAAUUACACGCAUCCUUGAACGAUCAGCUACUAGUGUCAAAAAUUGUAUUAAACGAAUCAAAUUAACCCAAAAUUGUGGUUAUUUGAAAAGAAAGAAUAGUCUUCAAACUUUUCAUGAAUUUCCUUUACUCUCAAGAAAAACCUCCUUAGAGCAAUUAAUGGAGGAAGAGACUGAGCGACCAAUCCAGAAACUACAAGAAGAGAGAAAUUGCUCAGUAACACAGUUGAUCCACGAAAAAGAUUCACAUUAG